CAACAGAACGUAAACCGAAAACUCUCGAAUAUGUCUGGUAGCUUCUAGAGCGGUUUGUUUCCAGAUUUCCAGAUGUCUCUCGUAACCGUUACCGAUCUCUAUAAAUCACUUCAUCUUCCACUCAUCAUUCCUCAAUUCGCUACAAUAUCUGCAAAUUAUCCAAACCAUUCGUUAACAAACACACUCAAAUACCUGCAACUUCGAAGAAUAUCGAACAUUCUGCUUACGAUUGAUUUCAUUCCGCUGUUGAACUUACGAUUCAAGGUUUUUUAAGCGAUAUUAUCAGAUAUGAAUCCUGACAAAUUUACACACAAGACAAAUGAGGCAUUGGCUUCAGGUCAUGAGCUUGCUAUGAAUGCUGGUCACGCACAGUUUACGCCGCUACAUAUCGCGGUUGCUUUGAUAUCGGACGCGAAUGGUAUAUUCAGGCAAGCGAUUAGUAAUGCCGGUGGUGAAGAGGCGGCUAAUUCUGCUGAGAGGGUUUUCAAUCAGGCGUUGAAGAAACUUCCCUCGCAGUCGCCUGCACCGGAUGAGGUUCCAGCGAGUAGUUCUCUGAUUAAAGUGAUUCGUCGUGCUCAAAGUUUACAGAAAUCCCGUGGGGACAGUCAUUUAGCGGUGGAUCAGUUGAUUUUGGGGCUUCUUGAAGAUUCACAAAUUAGUGAUCUUAUAAAAGAAGCUGGAGUCGGGGCGUCUCGGGUGAAGAGUGAGGUAGAAAAGCUUAGAGGUAAAGAAGGGAAGAAGGUGGAAAGUGCUUCUGGGGAUACUAAUUUCCAGGCUCUGAAAACCUACGGUCGUGAUCUUGUGGAGCAAGCUGGAAAGCUCGAUCCGGUAAUCGGGCGAGAUGAGGAAAUCAGGAGAGUGAUUAGGAUUCUAUCAAGAAGAACGAAGAAUAAUCCCGUUCUGAUUGGGGAGCCUGGUGUGGGAAAGACUGCUGUUGUUGAAGGGUUAGCACAGAGGAUUGUAAGAGGUGAUGUCCCGAACAAUCUGAGUGAUGUACGCCUUGUGGCAUUGGAUAUGGGGGCGUUGAUCGCUGGAGCCAAAUAUAGAGGGGAGUUCGAGGAGAGAUUGAAAGCGGUUUUGAAAGAAGUUGAAGAAGCUGAAGGGAAAGUGAUAUUGUUCAUUGAUGAAAUCCAUCUUGUUCUUGGAGCGGGUAGAACUGAAGGAUCCAUGGAUGCUGCGAAUCUUUUCAAGCCCAUGUUGGCUAGGGGUCAACUUCGGUGCAUCGGUGCAACCACUUUGGAAGAGUAUAGGAAAUAUGUGGAGAAAGAUGCAGCCUUUGAGAGACGUUUUCAACAGGUUUUGGUGGCUGAACCGAGUGUUCCCGACACCAUAAGCAUUCUUAGAGGGUUGAAAGAGAGAUAUGAAGGCCACCAUGGUGUUCGGAUUCUUGAUCGUGCUCUUGUGGUUGCCGCUCAGCUUUCAAGCCGCUACAUAACUGCACGUUUCUUGCCGGAUAAGGCUAUUGAUCUUGUGGAUGAAGCAUGUGCAAAUGUGAGGGUACAAUUAGACAGUCAGCCUGAAGAAAUUGAUAAUCUUGAAAGGAAGCGGAUGCAGUUGGAGGUUGAACUCCAUGCCUUAGAGAAGGAAAAAGAUAAAGCUAGUAAAGCUCGUCUUGUUGAGGUGAAAAAGGAACUUGAUGACUUGAGAGAUAAGCUUCAACCGCUGAUGAUGAAAUACAAAAAAGAAAAAGAGCGCGUUGAUGAAAUUCGCCGGUUGAAACAGAAAAGGGAAGAACUUUUGGUGGCACUGCAAGAAGCAGAAAGAAGAUAUGAUUUAGCAAGAGCUGCAGACCUGAAAUAUGGAGCAGUUCAAGAAGUGGAGACUGCUAUUGCAAGAAUUGAAGGUAAUGCAGAUGAAAAUGUAAUGCUGACAGAGACAGUGGGACCCGACCAGAUUGCUGAGGUGGUGAGUAGGUGGACUGGUAUACCCGUGACCAGGCUCGGGACAAACGAGAAAGAGAGGCUGAUUGGUCUAGCCGAUAGGUUGCAUCAGCGUGUUGUAGGUCAAGACCAAGCAGUUAGUGCUGUAGCCGAGGCAGUUUUGAGGUCACGUGCUGGUUUGGGUCGGGCCCAGCAGCCAACUGGUUCGUUUCUCUUCUUGGGUCCCACUGGUGUGGGGAAGACCGAGCUUGCUAAGGCUCUUGCGGAACAAUUAUUUGAUGAUGAAAAGCUUAUGAUUAGGAUUGAUAUGUCCGAGUACAUGGAGCAACACUCGGUGGCUCGACUAAUCGGUGCUCCACCUGGGUAUGUUGGUCAUGAAGAAGGUGGUCAACUUACAGAAGCUGUGAGGAGAAGACCAUACAGUGUUGUAUUAUUCGAUGAAGUAGAGAAAGCUCACCAAUCUGUUUUCAACACUCUACUUCAAAUGUUGGAUGAUGGAAGGUUGACAGAUGGUCAAGGUCGCACGGUUGACUUCUCCAACACAGUCAUCAUCAUGACUUCUAAUCUUGGAGCUGAGUAUCUGUUAAAAGGGCUCUCAGGGAAGACCACAAUGGUUAAUGCUCGUGAAAUGGUGAUGCAGGAGGUGAGGAGGCACUUUAAGCCCGAGCUGUUGAACAGGCUAGAUGAGAUUGUGGUUUUCGACCCGCUUUCUCAUGAUCAGUUGAGAAAGGUUGCUAGACUUCAGUUGAAAGAUGUGGCGGUUCGCCUUGCUGACAGAGGUGUGGCUUUAGGAGUCACAGAAGCAGCUUUAGAUGUUAUACUAAAUGAGAGUUACGAUCCGGUAUAUGGAGCGCGACCAAUCAGGAGAUGGCUGGAAAGGAGGGUCGUAACUGAGUUAUCGAAGAUGUUAAUUAGAGAAGAGAUCGAUGAAAACUCGACGGUGUAUAUAGAUGCGGGCAUGGAUGGUGAAGAAUUGAGUUACAGGGUGGAGAGGAAUGGUGGAUUGGUAAAUGCUGCAACAGGGCAGAAGUCUGAUAUACUGAUUGAAGUCCCUACUGCAAAUGGCGGGACUCGCGGUGAUGCUGCACAGGCUGUGAAGAGGAUGAAGAUCGAGGAGAUAGAUGACGACGAUGAAAUGGAUGAGUAAUCGAGAAGCACAGUCGGUCUGUAUUUGUUGAGUCCAAGUGUGGAGAAUGUCGAUUCCUGUUUUGAAUGUUAGUUAAGCAAACUGUCAACAGCACGGACUGCUUGUAUAUGAUGAAAUGAAAUUUGUAUGUUUGAAUCAGUGAAUGAAGCAAAUAUAUGAAUAAAAGAUUUUUGCAACUU